AUGAAAGAGUUCGCCAAGGACAGCUAUCUUAUCUCCUCCAACUCCCCCUCUCCCUCCCACAGGUCGUACGAAGACUAUGAGGAGACAGUCACGUCACCCAGCAACAAAGACUCCAGAAGGAGCUUUGUGUUCUUGAAGGAGUAUGUGGACACAACUGAGCGGUCUAAACAGGACGUGAAUCACAGCACCGUGAGCAGGAGGGAUUGCACAUACUGUGGAGAGCCUGUGCAAACCAGGAUCAAAAUAAUCAUGGAGGAACCCAAUAUCUACUGCCAUCCCUCAUGUUUUAAGUGUGACAUAUGCAGCAAGCCGAUGGGGGAUCUGAAGAAUAACAUGUUCCUUCGUCGAGGGAAAGUUCACUGUGAGAGCUGCUACAUAAAAGCAAUUUAA